UUAGUCAGCAUGUUCCUGAACUGUUAACUCUGGAAUUACAUCUGCUUGGACCUGCUCCUACAGAUUGUUUCAAAUCAGUAUGAUUUGCAGUAGCAAGGAGAAGAGAAAAUGGUCCCCAACACCUCACCCUGCUCUGCUGAGCUCCGUGCAUAGACUCUGCCGUUUUUGCAGCCAUGUAUCACAUCUGUCUGCAGCUCGCAUGUGCAUGAUGAUCUCCAUGGCGACUUGGGCACUUGAGGCAGAAAUAUGAGCUGCAUCAUCUCCCCCUGUUGUCCAUCGACAUAAAAUGCAGUGUUCUGGAACAUAAGAAAGGCAAUACAUUUCCUCCAGUUCUUUGUAAGCUGAUAUGAAGUAGACAGACACCUUCUGAAGUUUUGUGCAUGCUGAGCUCUUUUUUCGCUUUGCUGCAACAAGAAAAGCCUUUUCUUUUAACCUGGCUUCCUUUGAAGAAGUAACUCAGGAAGCUUCAUGGCCUCUCAAGAAUCUAAGGGACAAAAUAACCCAGUCUUCAAGGAUUAUCUCCCUGGUUCUUCUGACCUUCCAGAAGAGAAUAAGCCUGUUGAACCAACAAGUCUCUGGAAGCAAACAUCACAUACUCAUAGCUUGCCACCUGGUCUGGAGUACCUGAACCAGUUGGACCGGAUAAUUAUUCAUCAGCAGGUGGAGCUUCUUGAAGCCAUACUUGGCACAGAGACCUCCAGCAAAUAUGAGAUAAAAAACCAUUUGGGACAAAGAGUUUACUUUGCAGUGGAAGAAAAUGGUUGCUUUGAUCGUAAUUUGUGCUCGCCCAUAAGGUCUUUCACCAUAAGGAUUGCUGAUAACACGGGCCGAGAAGUGAUUACAGUGAACAGACCUUUGAGAUGUAAUAGCUGCUGGUUCCCCUGCUUUCUUCAAGAGUUAGAAGUUCAGUCCCCACCAGGAAUAACAGUUGGAUAUGUUGUACAGAACUGGGACCCUUUCCUGCCUAAGUUUACUAUACAGAAUGAAAGCAAAGAAGAAGUACUAAAAAUAAUUGGCCCAUAUGUAACUUGUGGCUGUUUUGAAGAUGUUGACUUCGAGGUAAAAACUCUCAAUGAGAUGUCAACGAUUGGCAAAAUUUCCAAGUACUGGUCUGGAUUUGUAAACAAUGUCUUCACCAACACUGCCAACUUUGGGAUCCAGGUCCCUGUAGAUCUUGAUGUGAGAAUCAAGGCAGUAAUAAUUGGUGCUUGUUUCCUCAUUUUUGUUUAUUUGUAGGACUUAAUGUUCUUUGAAAACUCUUUGGAUGGAUUAUAACAAGAUGACAGAAACAAGAAAAUAUGCAGAAUGUGUUUCAAAAUCCCCUGAGAUUUGAAUGUGAUUUUGAACUGCACAAAUCCUUGUUCCUUACAGGAAAAGAAAGGGACCUAAUGAUGAAGUUUAUUAAAAUAUGCCUCAUGUAAAUAACAAUUUCCUACUUACAUUUUAUGUGUUGUUGUAGCUAAACAUAUACUUUUCACACAGAGCACUGUUGCUUUGGAACAGUGCUAUUCUCUUCUUUCUCUUUUGAUGUUCCUGCAUGGGAAAUCAUGAAAGAUUAGAUGAAGGCUUGCAGCGUAACUGAUCAAAGUCUAUGUUUAGAGAAGCCUUUGAUGUUUUGCAAGUGCUGGUACCAGUUACUAACCACAUGAGGGUGUGUUCCAGGGGUUUUGCUUUUUAUAAUUUUAGAAAUAAUUUUUUGAUUAGUUAUUUAAUUAAUAGUAGCAAACUGAGGCUGAAAGUAACAAAUAUAAAGACAUCACCCAAUGGGAAAUUCAAGAUGUUAUCUGUUUCAGCGAAUUGAAAGAAGGGAAGUGAUGUUUGCUAGUAAAUUAAUUUUAUGGUAUAUUUGUUUGAUGAGAGGCAGCCAGAAAUUAGUCUUCCAGUACUAGAGUCUGGAACAUAAGGUCUGCUCAGAAAAUCUGGUCUUCUACUGCCCUUAUUGAAUACAGGCCAUAAGGUUUGAGAAAUGGUGCUCUGUGUGCUAGAUGUGCACAAACCACUUCACAUUUGACCUGUCUAACGUUAGGAAUUCUUACUCCCAUCUACUCAGACUUUCCUUCAAAGUUUUGUUCCUCUUAAUAAUAUCUGGUGGUUGAUAAACUUUCAUUCAGCCUUGCCUGAAGCCACCUUAGCACAGAAUUAUUCUUUUCCUUUGGCAAGCUCAGGUAUUUUCCAUGAUGAAACUGUGCAACAGGAGCUUUUUCUGUUUCAGAUGGCAGUUCUACAUAGCUGUUCAUUCCUGCAGUCACACCUCAUCAUACUGUUCCCAAACAUUCCUACCAGCAUGCUUUUACUAAUACAAGCUGCCUUUGUGGGAACAUCCGUGAUACACAUGCAAUAAAAACAGAAAAUAUUUUGUUGCAAAAUAUUUGCUGUAUGAACAUGCUUACACCUAUCUUGAAAAUUCCAAUACAUUCUCAAGAAACAAACUAGUACCAUACAAUAUUGGUGUCAAUGCUAUCCUAGUCACCAGGCAAGUUUCCAAGGGGAACAUUUUACAAAUCACCAUGAAUACUGAACUCUUUUUUCAGUGUGAACUAGUAAUUCCAUUCUUGUAAAUAACCAACGUAUCAACGGAAAGGAGAGGAGAUAAUGAAUAAUUCAUAAAAAUGAAAAAGAGCUAAAUUUAUCAGGUGAUUAAUUCUCAACAAAUAUUUAGACUAAUUUUAAAUUAAUGUUCAUGGCUAUGAAUUUAAACAUGGUGAAAUCAGGAAGUUGCAACUAAUAUUCCCAUAGCAAAAUUAACUCAGGAAUGCUUAUAGAUUUAAACAGUAUGUUUUAUAUUAUAUACCACACUUAGGUAUUUAUACAGAUUUACAUAUGUCUUGGAAAUAAUUGUCGUUAACAAGCUCUGACAAUCAUCAUUAUCUGUUAACCAUUUCAUUACUGGCUCUCACUGUGACUCCUGGCAGUGCAAUCAAGCUGCAAUCUGCAGAAAUUGAGAACUCAGAGGGAACCAUCACUGUCACCUUUCCCAGGAGGAAGCACCCUGUGCAGUAGCUGUGAGCUUUGUGGGCAAGAAGCUCCCUCGUGUGGAAAUUUGUAGUUUUGCAGAAGAACACAGAUGCCAGUUUGCUAUUCUCACUAGUUUCACGUUGGUGUUAGUCUACUAAACUCAGUCAGUUCACUCUUGACUUACUCUAAUGAAGACUGAGAAACAGAACCAAGUUUUUAUAUUAUCUCUUUAAAUCCCUUUGUCAUCUUAGACAGAAGUGACUAUUAUUGCAGCCAACAGUCUUGGGUCUCAUGCAAAACCAUGUUCCUGCACUUGAGUUGUGUGUGUCUGAACACCCAGCAGAGCGCAGUGCCAGGUGUGACCAGCGAGCUUCCCUUGUCACCUGCCACUCGUCCUUGGCACUUCCCAGCCUUCUUGAGACCCUUAACAAGCCAAAGACACCUUUGAGGCAAAUGUGUCCAACCACCACUAAAUCAAUACAAAAUAGGGUCUUAUUUACCUGCCAGGCUGAAUUUGGCUGUGAUUAUCCACAAAUACACUUUGUAAGUAAGAAAUAUGUGCAUAUUUAGAUAUAUAUCUAUAUAUAUAGAUAUAUUUUAAGCAGAUUAUAGUACUGUAUUUCUUGCACUUAGUGACUUUGUUGCUGUUUAGUGUGUUAGUACAACUUUUUUUUUUUUAAUGUAGUGCUUGCAUACAUGUAUGAGUAUGUUUGAAUGCCUCUGUUCAUACCCAGCUUCUGGGACAUACAGGAACAGGUUCAGUCCAUGGAUAAAACAAAGCACUGGGGUUGGGGUUGCUCUUGCUGGCUAGAGCUGCUGUAGCAGCCUGCUUGGUCUUGGUCCCACCCUUCAGCAUCCAGGUAGAAAUUCAGUGCCAAUGCCAGCACUUUUUCAAUUGGAAGCUCUUUUGUCUAAAUCACAGCUGCCAUAUGAGGGCAGGUAUUUAUCCUCAGCAAAGAUGAAGGGGUUCUGUGUGAUAUUACUAAAUAAAAGCUAACGUGUAAUAAACUUUUAAAAACCUGCAGCUCUAUCUAGUAAUUCUUUCUUAUUAAUAGCAAUGUGUUUCACGUUUUAGGAGCUACAUAUGCUCUGUACAAAUCUCACCUUUCACAAUUCCCUUAUGGGCUAGGAGUGGCCCUAUAAAGGACAACUCAGUAUUCCCCAAAGUGGGGACAAAUUAUUGUCCUGAACGUCUUCUAGAAAGAAACAUGAUUGUUCUAAUGAAAUGGAAAUCUUACUCAAUACAGCCAAGCAAAUAGUUUCAUGGUUGAUCACAAGACAAAUUGUAAAGCUGUGUAGAACAUAAUUUUUGUGUUCAGUAGAUGGCAGCAACAGUUCAUUAUUGUAAUAUUUAGAUUUUCAGAGAUCAGAAGCUGUACCCAGGAUGCUGAUUAAAGAUCAGCACACCUUUAAACCCUAAUUGAUUUCUACCCCUAACUGGAAGAUUUUAUUUUCUUUGUCUGCUAUGAAACCUUUGUCACAUGGUGCUGGUUUAUCUUUAUUGCCUGCAACUUACAGCUGAAUUAUUGGUAACUGAUAUUUUGUAAGAUCUCAUAGAUCCAUGGGCAGAAUCCAGUCUACAACAAAGUGAACUCUUCUGGUAAGCCCAAAACCUAUUUUUUCCACCUGGAGCACCUCACCAGCUUCCACAGAUGGACAGAGGAGAAGCCCCAGUUCCAGGAAUUUCCCCACCUUCUGCAGAAACAGAAAGUGCUACAGGAGUGUCUAAAGGAGAUUGCCUUGCAGUGGGGUCCCUAGAAACGUAGAAGGUUUCUAUGGGUAAAAUAACUUUGCCCCCACAUGAUGUCACCAUGGACUAUCACUAUGUGUUGUCCCGGGACUUGUAGGGCCACAAACUCAGACAACACCACUGCCUGGGAAAGAGAUAGUUCUUCUGCAGGAAGGUCAACCACUUUUUGGAAGAAAGUGGCAACACAUCAUCUAUGUAAGUCCUGAGAUAUUUUUGUCAUAUAAUAAUUUGGUGGAUGUGAAAGUACUUCUCUUUGCAGACUUUGAUGUGUGUUUUGGGAAAAAAAAAAAAAAAAAAUGGUUGGUCAGUCUUGGUCUUGAAAUAAACUUACUGGAUUGCAUGGAUUAAAAUCUAUCUCCUCCAUUUAAUGUUCUCAUUCACAAAGAAUAGAUGAAUUAGGCAAUCUUGUAUAGAUCCAAAUUCAGUGCUUUCACAGGCUGCGGGUUCAGUUCUGAGUGCUUCUUAUUGCACAGGCUCUGGCACAGAAUAGCUCCUAAAAUCCAGAUACUGGCAAGCAGGGUAAGCAUGGAGACUGUUCAGCUCCAUAAAGAUGAUUGAGCACUUUGUGUGCUCUUAUUUGUAAAGAACCCAGCACCUCCCAGCUUCAAUCCUCACAUAAUGAUGUAAUAAAAAAAGGUUGACAAGGGCACAUGAGUUGUCAUAUAAAAUCCUAAUUGGAAGGAAAGUUCUCACUUACUUGAGUGACCUUGUUAACUUUGCUCACUGUUUAUCUAAAUUAGGCUUACUUUCUGGUAAAGAUUGACAGAUUAAUCUUCAUGUGCAAUAAAAUAGGAUACAGGAAAAAAUGCAGGAGAGAACCAAGAGCCACAGGGUGGGAUGGUGAGGGCUGCCUGACACCUGUCUCAGGGCUGGGGCAUUCUCUCUUCCAUCGCUUACAGGGAAAGUUGCACUUUGGGUACGCAAGGCUGGAAAACAGGGAAGCACACACCACACAUUUUCCAUCUUUAGGUUUCUAUAGGCCAGUCAUAGUAUGUCUAACAAUGUUUUUAUUCUGGCAAUAGGGUGAGCAUCGAAGGAAAAUUCUUCCUGUAAGUAAUUUCAAAAGGACUCAUUAGCUUGGUGUAUUUUUCCACUUUAAGAAGUUAAUUUGAGGGACUUCUUUGCUCUGCGCUAACAACAUCAGUGAUCAGCAAGAUGUGUCAUUAUUGAUGUCCUUCAACCACCUGGACACUCAAAUGGUAUUCAUCAUUGUGGUACCAGAGCAGUACUCACACGUUACAGACAUGGGUAAGAUGAGGUGGCACUGUGCUUGCCGCUGAGGAAAGUCUGGGUGUAUCUUCUUUUUGCUUUGCUGAAGAACUGACAGCAGUGCACGAGGAAGAAUGUGAAGGUUUCAGCAAUAAG